UCUUACAUGUCAAAGUGGAACGUAUUUGAGUUUUUGCAGCAAUCUCGUGUAAGUGGCAAUGUCUCAGGCAUUAAGAAACUCCAUGCUCAGCUACUCAAAACAGGCAUGCUCUUCCUCUCUCAUCAUCUCCACACCCAACUCAUUGCGACAUAUGCGUCAACCCUCCCUAACCUUAACACCCUUCACUCACUAAACAAUUUCUUCAAAUGCAUGAACUCCACCAACCCAUUACACUUCAACGCCAUAAUAUCUGAUUUACGCCGCAAAGGUUUCCCCUUUCUCGCUCUAGCGUCCCUCUCCUUCAUGCACACCAACGCUGUCCCCUUGGAUACCUACUCUUUGUGCAGCACGUUGACCGCUUCCUCCAAAGUCAAAGAUCUUGAUUUUGGUAAGCAGAUACACGCCCACGUGGCAAAAUCAGGUUGGGCUUCUAGUGUCUUUCUGGGUAGUGCUCUCAUUGAUUUGUACUCCAAAUUGUCGAAUGUAAGAGAUGCAACCCUUGUGUUCGAUGAAAUUCCUGAGAAGAACACUGUGUGUGCCAAUGCACUUUUGAAGGGUUAUGGCGAGGCCGGGCUGUGGGUUCAGAAACUUGAACUAGUUAGGAAGAUGCACGUGUUGAAAUUGAAGCAUGAUCACUUUACUCUAUCAGCGGCUUUGCGUGCUUGCACUGGAUUAUCUGCUGUUGAAAUGGGUAGGCAAGUGCAUGGUUACUUGCUCCGUACGACACCUGAUGUAGAGAGCGAUGUGUUUCUCCAGAGCGCGUUGAUUGAGAUGUAUGGCAAGUGUGGAAUGGUGAUAAAGGCUUGGCAAGUGUUCAAGUUGGUUGGGAUGGAGAUUAGAAAAGAAGUAAGAAGCAGAGAUGUUGUGUUAUGGACUUCAAUGCUUGGUGUGUAUGGUAGGAAUGGGCAUUCCAAGGAAGUGAUUGAUUUGUAUAAUGAGAUGUUGGUUGAAGGAAUCAGACCGGAUGGAAUAGCAUUCCUGACAGUGAUCUCAGCGUGUGGUCGCACUGGCCAAGUUCAAGAGGGUGUCAAGUAUUUUGAGUCUAUGGCUAAUGAGUUCAAGUUAGAUCCUGGUCCAGAACACUAUAGCUGCCUAGUUGAUUUACUAUGUAGGGCUGGUGAAUUGAAGAAGGCGUGGGAAUUGCUGAAUAAGACAUUGAAAAAGGGAAUGGGAAAGGGUAGUGUGUCAAUGUGGGGGGCUCUACUGAGUGCUUGUGUGGAUCGUGGGGAUAUAGAACUGGGGAAAUUGGCAGCUGAGAGGGCUCUUGAGUUGGAUCCUCAAAAUGUUGGGAUAUGCAUUAUGCUGUCAAAUCUGUAUGCCCGUUUUGGUAUGUGGGAGGAAAUUGGACACUUGAGGGUAUUGAUCAAUGCAAGUGGGCUAAGAAAAGAUGUUGGAUGCAGUUGGGUCCAGGUUACUAGUUGAAUGUGUCUCAACUUUCAAGUGGGAUGUGAUCCUAUAUGAUUGUUGCAUCGUGUAAUAAGGAGAGACAAAAACACAGAAUUCAAUUCAAGUAUUUAAAAUCUUGAUGACGGGUUUUUGCUCCAAAUUCUGAAGAUGCGAUUCAUCACCAGUCACAACAAGAAAGUGAUUUUGCUCUAAAAUUAUUAAAAACAUGUUGAUAUAAAUUAUAAAUUACA